CUCCCCGGAUUCGCGCCGCCGCGGGUACCAAAAGGCCAGCUUGGAGCACGGUGAGGGUGAGGUGGAGCAGAGUUCGGGAGACGAGGAGUCAACUCGACACGCCAUGGACGAAUCCACGGAGCUGGAGGCGGCGGAGCGGGUGGUGAUGCGCUGGGACUCCUCCCCGGCAUCCACGGCGGCGGCCGGCCGGGACGACGAGCCCAUGCUGUUCGACGGCGCGGGGGAUCGGGCCGAGGCGGAGCGCUUCCUCCGCGCGGUGGACGACAUCCGCCGCCUCGCGCCGCCGUCCCCCGCCGCCGUCGGCAGCCCGCGCCGCCUCUCCUCCGGGUCAGGGGCGGCGGCGUCCGGGCUCGGCGGCUGCAGCGCCGUGCAGGUCGCCAUGGCGCGGCUCGAGGACGAGUUCCGCCACGUGCUCUCCUCCCGCGCCCUCGACCUCGAGAUCGAGGCGCUCGCGGACCUCACCUCGCUCUCCAUCUCCAGCGACCGCUCCAACUCGCUCUCCUCCGUCGACCUCCCCGUCGUCGACGAGGACGACCCCGUCGCCUACCGCGUCGGCAGGCGCAGCAGCUACCGCUCGCUGCGCAGCAUCCGCGAGAUCGACCUCCUCCCCGACGACGCCGUCGCCGACCUCCGCGCCAUCGCCUCCCGGAUGGCCGCCGCCGGCUACGGCCGCGAGUGCGCGCAGGUCUACGCCUCCGUCCGCAAGCCCGCCGUCGACGCUUCCCUCCGCCGCCUCGGCGUCGAGCGCCUCAGCAUCGGCGACGUCCAACGCCUCGAGUGGGACGCCCUCGAGGCCAAGAUCCGCCGCUGGAUCCGCGCCGCCCGCGCCGCCGUACGCGGCGUCUUCGCCAGCGAGCGACGCCUCUCCUUCCACAUCUUCCACGACCUCCCAAUCACCAACGUCACCGCCACCACCGCCACCGCCACGCACGACACCCCCUUCGUCGAGGCCGUCAAGGGCGCCGCGCUGCAGCUCUUCGGCUUCGCCGAGGCCAUCAGCAUCGGCCGCCGCUCCCCCGAGAAGCUCUUCAAGAUCAUCGACCUCCACGACGCGCUCUCCGACCUGCUCCCCGACGUCUCCGACAUCUUCGCCGCCUCCAAGGCCGCCGAGUCCAUAUACGUGCAGGCCGUCGAGAUCCGCUCGCGCCUCGCCGAUGCCGUGCGAGGGAUACUCUCCGAGUUCGAGAACGCGGUCCUCCGCGACCCGCCCAAGACUCCAGUCCCAGGCGGCACCGUCCACCCGCUCACUCGGUAUGUCAUGAACUACAGCAGCCUCAUUUCCGACUACAGGGCCACGCUCACCGAGCUCAUCGUGUCGCGUCCGUCGGCCAGUGCACGGCUUGCUGCCGAGGGCAGCGAGCUCGCUCCGUCCUUGGCCGACCUUGACCUCCCCGAGCUCGAGAACCAGUCACCGCUUGCCGCGCAUAUAAUCUGGAUCAUUCUUGUCCUCGAACACAACCUCGAGGGCAAGGCGUCGCUCUACAAGGACACAGCUCUCUCGCAUUUGUUCUUGAUGAACAAUGUGCACUACAUUGUGCACAAGGUCAAGGACUCGCCGGAACUUUGGAGCAUGAUUGGUGAUGAUUACUUGAAGCUACUUACCGGAAAGUUCACAAGGGCCGCAACAAAUUACCAGCGCUCCUCAUGGCUCAAGAUCCUCAACUGUCUGCGAGAUGAGGGUCUUCAUGUAACUGGUGGCUUCUCAUCAGGAAUAUCCAAGUCUGCUCUGCGGGACCGAUUCAAGUCCUUCAAUGCUGCAUUCGAGGAUGCGCAUAGGGUGCAAUCUGGGUGGUCUGUGCCCGACACGCAGCUGAGGGAGGAGCUCAGGAUCUCGAUAGCAGAGAAGCUCUUGCCAGCAUACCGCUCAUUCCUUGGCAGGUUCCGGCAUCAUAUAGAGAACGGGAGGCAUCCAGAGCUGUACAUCAAGCACUCAGCUGAGGACCUUGAGAAUUACGUGAAUGAUUUAUUUGAAGGAGCUCCUCCUACCCCUCAUAACAGGAGGCGAUCUCAUGGAUGAACUUGUUGUACACCAACCAUUCGACUGCUGUUUUGUUGCUUUCUAUUCUUUGAUUCUUCAGUGGGGACCCAGUGCUGGCAGUUGGAGCUAUGUCUUUUUGUCUGUGAUACUUGGUGAUAUAGUUGGUCAUGAGCUCAUGAUCGUUCUUAAAUAGUCAGCAAAAUUCAGAUAUCAUUUUGGGAUCUUGGUGAAGCUGUCCAUCUCCUCCAUGGUCGUCUUCUGUAAGCAAAAAUGUUCAAUUUACACUAUUAUUAUAUAUUUUUUCAACUAGCAUGUCCAUAUAGAAUUUAUUCUUUCAGAAAUGCUGGGUAGAUGGAAAAGAAAUUCAUGCUCAUUCCGUGCUUUGCAUGUGCUUUUGUUGUCCUUUAUGUUGUUAGCAAUCAUCUGGAGGGUGCAUGCUUGGUGCAUUAGAUGUAAAAAGACUUCUGUCGCUCUCUUGAUUUUGUACCUCAUGAUUUUGUAAAAUGAUGCUAUCACUUUGAA